UUCACCCCUCCAGGUUGACAUCAGCCUUUUGGGAUGGAGGGCACAGGCAGCGGCUGGGCAGCUGAGCUCACCCCAACGUGCGUGAUGCAUGAGGUGACAGGGAAUGACACCGGGGGUCAGGUCUUUGAGGUGGCGCUGCAGAACGGCUCCUCCAAACGCAGCCCUCAGUUCGUGGGCGUGGAGUUGCUGCAGUCCUUCAAGCUGCUCAUCAUCCCCUGCUACACCCUGGUGGCCCUGGUGGGCGUCUUCGGCAACUACCUGCUCCUCUAUGUCAUUUGCCGCACGCGCAAGAUGCACAACGUCACCAACUUUUUCAUUGGGAACCUGGCCUUCUCUGACAUGCUGAUGUGCGCCACAUGUGUCCCCUUCACGCUGGCCUACGCCUUCAACCCACGCGGCUGGGUGUUUGGCCGCUUCAUGUGCUACCUGGUGUACCUCAUCCAGCCUGUGACGGUGUACGUGUCCGUCUUCACUCUCACUGCCAUUGGUGUGGACAGAUACUAUGCCACAGUUCAUCCUCUGAAAAAGCGCAUCUCAGUCUUGGCGUGCACCUACCUUCUGUCUGGGAUCUGGCUGCUGUCCUGCGGUCUGGUGGCUCCAGCUGUGGCUCACACCUACCACGUGGAGUUUAAGAACGAGGGCUUCACCAUCUGCGAGGAGUUCUGGAUGGGCCAGGAGAGGGAGCGGCUGGCUUACGCGUACAGCACUCUCUUCAUCACCUACGUCCUGCCCCUGUCGGCGCUCUGCAUCUCAUACCUGUGCAUCUCUGUCAAACUGCGGAACUGUGUCGUACCCGGCCACCACACCCAGAGCCAGGCGGAGGCUCAGCGCAUGCGCAAACGCAAGACCUUCCGACUGGUGAGCCUGGUGGUGGCGGCCUUCGGCGUCUGCUGGAUGCCGAUCAGCGUGUUCAACGUGCUUCGUGACAUUGACAUUGACCUGAUCGAUAAGCGGUACUUUCUGCUCAUUCAGCUGCUCUGUCACCUGUGUGCGAUGAGCUCAUCCUGCUGUAAUCCUUUCCUCUACGCCUGGCUGCACGACCGCUUCCGCGCUGAGCUACGCAAAAUGUUCACGUGCCGCCGUCGCAUCGGCAUCUCGGCCAACAACUGCGCCACAGCCAGCGUGGUUUUGUGAAGUUCCUGUGUUUUAGGCUGCUGUUGGUUAGUCCUUGCUUCUUUGGACAGUAGAGUAUACUCAUCUCAUUCUGGUAACAUUCAGGCAAUGUAGAUAAGCAGGAUUCCUAACUAGAUGGUAUGGUAGCCUCAUCAUGCGCACCAUAAUUGCCCAUAAUUCAGUAGCCCAGUGUCAAAACUGUUGCACUGUUGUUUACCAAUACGCUUAAAAAAGUACUCCAUCAAUUUAGCAUCGCACUCCUAUAACACUGUCGGACUCACGAUGAACCGUUUGCAAAAAAAGGAUAAUGAUCAAUGCAACAGAACCAGAGAUGUCGUUUUUUUUAUUCCACGCAUUCCUACAUUACCCACAAUGCAACUCGGCACCCGACAGUUUGGUCGGAGAUUCGGGUGCGUUACUUGUAACGACUAAUGUUAGCGCUAGCCUGAAGCAGAGAUGAAGAGCGAGCUACAGAGGCCUAGUAAGCUUAAGAUUUUUUUUUUAAUUUUCAGUCUUCAUCUCCCAUCAACGCCAAAUUUGCUCAGCUCCCUCUGGAAACACAAAAGGCUUUGUAUAACUUUUUUUAACAUAUGCAGUAGUACUCGCCAAGACCUGUAAACACACUUUGUCAUGUAAAACCGGUGGAGUUCCCCUUUAAGCCUGAACAGAGUAGAUCAACCGUCGACUGCCAUGUGUGUUUGUAUGGAUACAGUCACAUUGAGUAGCCUCCAUUUAGUAAAUUAUAAGUUCAACUUAUAUAUAUAUAUUUUGAAAUGUCUCUUUCACAUGAGGCCAGUUUAUUGGAAAAAAUUCUAUUUUAGUGUUUGGAUCAUGGAAACGUGAAAAUGUGAAAACGCAUAUAUCCGUGUCUUGAGCCAGUGUUUGAUUUGUCUGUUUUGAGCUACUAU